GGUGACAAGUGACUGAUAACUGAGACGUUGUGACGGUGGGACAACAACAACAAGUGAAUUGAUUGAUUCUUAAAUUACUUUUAUCAAAUUCUGCAACACCUUUCACCGUUUUGGCAUCCCUUUCCUUUUUUAGUAACCCCUUCUUUCUAAGACUCUUUCCUCUCUUCUCCUCCUCCAAUAUCUUAUCUCCAAACCCACAGCCAAAAUAAAAAUAAAAAUUGCACAUAAAAAUAAGUACAAGACCUUUAGGGUUUCAGUACUUAUAAGAUCUCAACCUAGCUAGUAGAAACUUUGAAAGAAAGAAAAAAAGAAGUAUGGCUCGUGGGAAGAUCCAGAUCAAGAGAAUAGAGAACCAAACAAACAGGCAAGUGACUUAUUCAAAGAGAAGAAAUGGGCUUUUCAAGAAGGCUAAUGAGCUCACUGUUCUUUGCGAUGCUAAAGUUUCAAUUAUCAUGAUUUCUAGUACUGGCAAGCUUCAUGAAUUUAUAAGUCCCGCUAUUACGACCAAGCAGUUGUUCGAUCAGUACCAAAAGACUGUUGGAGUUGAUCUUUGGAACUCCCACUAUGAGAAAAUGCAAGAGCAAUUGAGAAAGCUAAAGGAUGUUAAUAGGAAUCUCCGAAGAGAGAUCAGGCAGCGGAUGGGAGAAAGCCUAAACGAUCUGAACUAUGAACAGUUGGAAGAACUCAUGGAAAAUGUGGACAAUUCUCUCAAUCUUAUUCGUGAAAGAAAGUAUAAGGUGAUUGGCAACCAGAUAGAAACAUUCAAGAAGAAGGUCAGGAAUGUGGAAGAAAUACAUAGGAAUCUCUUGCUUGAAUUUGAUGCAAGACAAGAGGAUCCGUAUGGUGGGUUGGUUGAACAAGAAGGAGACUACAAUACUAUACUUGGAUUCUCAAAUGUAGGUCCUCGUAUGUUAAGCUUACGCCUUCAACCAAACAAUUAUCAUCAUCACCAUCUUCACAGUGGAGGAGGCUCUGAUAUUACUACUUUUGGUCUAGCUUGAGUAGUAGUAGCCUUAUUGUAAUAUUAUAUGUUUUCUAAAUAAUCACAUGCUAUGUUUCUUGGACGUGCAUAAGACUGACUCUUCAGACUAUUCUCCUACUUCUGCUUUCAGUGUUAAAUCCUUAAAAGCUACUAUAAGGGUUUCAAACUCUAUGGUUUUUGGAUGGAAGUGUUAUGUAUCUUUUAAUGUGUAAUGUAAUCUUACUUUCUUAUAAAGAUGUGAAACAGUGAAAGUUUGUGAACUA